AUGUGCCCGGUGAAGUACUCUAUUUACACCCUGGCGCUUGUCGCUCCUCUUCUUGCCCUAGGAGCCCCAGUGCCCGAGGAGAUAAAAGCCACUCAAGAUGCUGAUGCCGAGAGUUUCUUCCUUCAGACUGAUUUCGGCUGGUUUGACGGCGGUGACAGCAAGAAGCGUGAGGCAUCUAUCGAGCAGUAG